ACUCCGCACUAUCAUUCUGCACUCACCUCUAUUUGCGAUCCUGCUUACACCCAUUGUCUCUCUAUUUACAUUCCCCGACUCUACAGUCCCCCAAUUCUGCCAGCCCACCACCCAUACUGAAUAUCUGCUGCCUGCCGGGCUCUUGCCCCACCACCAGCGGUUCGACAACCCCACGCCACGAGCACACGAGCAACUCUUGUGCCCUUACACCAGCCUCGCCAUGUCCAACUUGGACAUAGAUCACACCAGGCGCAACAAGAAACCGCGGCCGCUUUCAGAACUCGAGAAGGAGAAGCUCGACGAGUUUGUUGACGCGAUCCACUACUCAGCGAGGUACUCCGACAGCGAAUUUGAAUACCGCCAUGUGCAGCUUCCCAAGCAGAUGCUGAAGGCGAUACCCAAGGAGUACUUCGACGGAUCGAGGGGAACAUUGAAGUUGUUGUGGGAGGAGGAGUGGCGAGCAUUGGGCAUUACACAGAGUCUGGGUUGGGAACACUACGAAGUGCACGAACCGGAGCCCCAUAUUCUUCUAUUCAAGCGACCGAUAAACUACCAGCCACCCAUUCAUUGAUGCGACCCAUCCCUUCCUCCUACCCUCAACAUCUCUUCCCACUGCUCGGACACUAGCAUCGCUUCGGUGCGCCUCGGCUGGGUCGUGAAGUCGGUCGAAGCUUCCGCACAACAGUUCUUUCCGCCCCCCUUUGUUUAUUUCGAGCGAAUCCGGUUAGAUUCUGGUUACGAUGGUAUGAUCAUGGCAGAAUGAGCUAUUGUCGGAUAAGAUUUAAUGGCUGGAGCGUGUGGAUGACAAGACUUCGAACUGACGAUGACUAUCCACCUUUGUACAUAUGCUUGGUGAUAAAGGAUGAAAGUCUGUUGGAAUGCAAUGCAG